AUGGAAAAAGCGGCACUAUACAGCCUCCUUUAUUACUUCAUUCUCAAUUCGCCCUUUAUGAUUUGUGCAAAUGCUGCAUUUACUGAAGUCCCUAAAGAUGUGAGUGUGGGGGAGGGAGAGGAUGUGGAGAUGCCCUGCGCCUUCAAGGCUGUCAGCUCUGCGCCCAUUUCCUUGGAGAUCCAGUGGUGGUACCUGAAGGAGGAUGUGCCCAAAGAACUGCCUCAUGAGCUGCAGAUCAGUGCCCCGGCCAACCGAGGCAAGGUCGUUCAAAGGGAAGCCACAAAAAUAAGUACUGUGCGUGUUCAGGGCAACGCCAUCUCCCACCGUCUCAGCCUGUCCAAGGUGAAGAAGGAAGAAGAGGGGGUGUACGAGUGCCGCGUGGCUGACCUUUGGGCCGACGAGACUCAGGAAUUUACGGUUCAUGCCGUGCUGCAUGUCACGUUGGGUGACGGCAUGGUGGCCGAGGAGGCUGUGUCGCACAUCCAGAACCGCUGGCCCCUGAGGAAUACCAACGCAGGGCUGGGAGCGGGCGGAGCAGGGAGGGCCACCUCGGAGCCUGGCGAGGGAUUGGCAGGAGGUCAGAGUUCAGGGCAGGGGAAGCUUCGGGUGCCUCAGCAGGCCCAGCCCGGCCUCCUUCCCUCCAUCUCAUCCACCACCACCUCGGUGGCCAAGUCGUCAGCCUCACCGCUGCCAGGGAAUGCAGCCAUCCUACGACAGCAGCUUGGAGCUGGUUGCUGUGUGAUAAGCACCAUGGACCCCAUCCUCUGCAUUACUCUACUGUUCCUGCAUAAACUCCUUCCUUUCCUACUGGCCCACUGAAGAGACUUGAACCAAAAUGACGCCGACAUGCAACGUUCUCACUAUACCAAAAAAAUAAAAAAAAUAAGCAGCAGUCAGUGCCCACCAGGAGAGAAAGGGUGGCAUUAAACCGAUGUAUACCGUUGAAACAUAUCACUGCAGGGAUCGAAGCAAUGCAAAAAGGACAGAGAUGGACAGAAGAGACAAAAAAAUCUGACGAGAAGGGAUUUUUGGACUUGAAACAGAGAUAGAAGCUAUGUGACUGUUGACUGAUCAGAGUGCCAAGAAGAGAAAUGUGCUUACAGUGGAAGGAUUGGAGCAUCACUACUAUUCCAAACAGCCGAUACAGCGUGGCCACAUGAAGUGCUGCCUUUAGGCUACUCAGCACCUGCUUCAUGCAUGGCCGUCCUCAAACACUCCACAUUCACAAUUUUUUUGCAGCAUUUCUACUGUGAAUUCCGUUCACUUGACAACACAAUGUGAGCCCUAAUGCUGAUUUCCCUUGUUAGAUGGAAAACAUGUGACUUCUUGUUUUCUUUGGAAAGUGGGAAGAUUUGAUCAGCAUGAUAAUUUACGUAUUUUUCGGUAGCCAUGUGACGCGUCUCAUUAUACAGAACUACCAUUGAAUCAGUGUGUUAGUCUGAUGUAUGCCAUGUCCACCUCCCUCCUAAGCGCACACUUUUACUUUUGUUCUCAUAGCUGUGUUCUAUAAUGUAAACAAGUUGAUAUAUUUUGAUUAAGAUAAGGCACAUCUUACCAUUGUUG